AUGAAUCAUCGCCCGGUGUCGACUGUCGGAAAAUCGACGAACAUUGCGUGGCACGAAUGCCCGGUUGGGCGGCUCGAUCGGCAGAAGCUACUUGGGCAGAAAGGAUGCGUCAUAUGGAUCACAGGUCUCAGUGGUUCAGGUCAGCAAUGAACACCGAAUCGUCUUUCAUCUUCCGCUACUGCAUCUACAUUCUCCGUGCUCGUCUUGAGAUCACUACCCAGGGGCCUUCCGCACACUCGACUAAUUUCUCAGCCGCUCGUAAUCGUUCUUCACCCCCUCUCGACUGCUUUUUUGGAAGAUUUUCCCCCUGUAAUCUUCCUUCCCUUCAUGUUAUUCUUCCGCAGGUAAAAGCACGCUGGCCUGCGCUCUAAGCCGAGAGCUGUACUCCAGAGGAUGUCUAUCUUAUGUUCUCGAUGGAGAUAAUGUCAGACAUGGGCUGAACAAAGACCUUAGCUUCAAACCAGAAGACCGGGCAGAAAAUAUCCGCAGGAUCGGUAAGUGCUUGGCUGACAUGAACUUUGACCAAUCUAUGAGGAACACCACGACCUGGUUUAUCGUCUUUAUAUAGUAAUUCUGUGCUCUUUGCUCAGUUCAUGCUAUAGAUAUUAAGGCUACCGGCGGGCUGAGCUCCAGGACUUACCAGAGGAAAGCCCGCCGCCACCUGUAGCUGAGAUAGAUAUGAUGGAUAGAUGUUCCGAGGGCUUUGAGGACAGAGAAAGAAAGCCUGGAAUAUGGGCUCUGGGCUGCACCUUUAUGAGGCCAGGGCCCUUCUACAUGAACUUAAUUUAUCUUGGAGGGAGGAGAGGGAGAGGGAGAGGGAGAGGGGAGAGAGAGAGAGAGAGAGAGAGAGAGAGCAGGAAUGAUGUUCCCAGGGCUUGGAAAAAAGCCUGGAAAAUGGGCUCUGGACUGCACCUUUAUGAGCCCAGGGUCAUCUACAUGAACUUAUCUUAGAGGGAGAGAGGGGGAGAGAGAGAGAGAGCAGGAAUGAUGGGCUGCCCGGAAAGGGACUGGAACGGGUUUUCUUAUCACCUUGAAUUAAUAUGAUGUGAACAAAUUAAUGAAGGUAAGCAAUUCAAUGGCUGGAACUGAUGAGUUAUUCCUAAUUUUCUGCCCCAUCUCGCCCCAGGAGAAGUGGCAAAGCUCUUUGCAGAUGCUGGUAUUAUCUGCAUUGCUAGCUUGAUUUCUCCUUACAGAAGGGACCGAGAUGCUUGCCGCGCCCUGCUGCCCGAGGAUACCUUUAUUGAGGUCAUUGCUUCUGUCAACCUCUCUCAUAGUAGAUGAACCCAUAUGAGCGUCAUUUUUUCAAUUAUUUAUAGAUCAUAAAUUGUUCUUAUUUCUAUUUUUCCACCGCCUAUUUUUAUGCAUUUCUUGAGAUUUUUCACGUGUAAAUUAUCUUAUUUUUUAUCCAUACUGAUACGCUAAGAAAGUAUAAAUUAUCCCUGGUUUCUCCUUAUAUAUAUAUAUAGUUUUUUCAAAUUUUUCAUGAAGAAAUGGGCCUUUUUAUAAAAAAAAUCCAUCCCAGGUUUUUAUGAACAUGCCACUGGAAGUGUGUGAAGCCAGAGAUGUAAAGGGCCUCUACAAGCUCGCACGUGCGGGGAAGAUCAAAGGUAAAAAAUAGUAAUUAUGCUGGUUUAUUUAAGCAGAUGAAUUCCUGCGAUCUAGUGACUGUAAAUUUCUCAUACUUACUCAUUCAUAACCCGUUAGAAGCAGAUAAAAAGCACCAAAAUGGGAAUGAGAUCCUUUUUUUUUCCUGAUUAUAUAUUCUGAAUUGAAUUUUAAAAAAACGGGUUCAUCGUUACCGAAUUUGGAAAAAAAAAAAGAGCUUGGUCGUGUUGAAGCUGUGGAAGGUUAUUUAGAAAAUCAGUAAAGAGAGGUGAUGUGAUAGUGGGUCUGUGUUCAUUUUUGCUAAUUGUAGAAAAAAAUUCUCCAGGGUUUACGGGGAUAGAUGACCCAUACGAGCCGCCCUCCAACUGUGAGGUGAGUAAAUCUGUUCUUUACUCUCCUACUGUUGAUCUCCCUUCUGUGCAUUUGAGAGAGAGAAAGAGAGAUCUAGAUAGAUAGAUAGAGAGAGAGAGAGAGAGAGAGAGAGAGAGAGAGAGAGAGGUGAAGUAUAAGAAUGUGGCCAGACUAGAGAUCUACACCUAACCCGAUAAAAAUUGUUCCGUCCUCUCAUCUAAUUCUCUCUCUCUCUUUCUCUCUCUUUCUCUCUCUCUCUCGCGCGCGCGCGCUCCAUUUUCUCUCUCAUCCUCCUCCAGAUAUUAAUACAACAGAAGGACGGGCUUUGCCCCUCACCCGCAGCCAUGGCUGACCAAGUCAUCCUCUACCUGGACCGGAAUGGGUUCCUACAGGGAUAG